GAUUUAGCAACAAAACAGUGUUGAACGGGGCGAGAGCAUCAUCCAUACCAUCAGUCCCGCGAUAAGAAGAAACACGGACGAGGCGACGCCGGGCGCCACAAAAGAAUCGAUUUGUUCCAUAUUCCACUGUGUGCGCAAUCAAGUCGGUUCCACGAUCCAGUUGUUUUCAAAAAAAGGGGUCGGUCAGAGCAUUUAUCGAAUCCUUAUCAAGAAUUUAUCAAUGGAAAUGUGCCGGAUAACGACUAAAGAAAAAACCAUUUCAUCACCCUUAUAGCAAAAUCAUUAGUGUACAUACAUCGAGCAACAGAAACUAGUAACACCAAAGUAGCCUCUAGCAAUACUUACUCAACCCUCACCAUCAUAUAUCUACCAAGCACAAUGAACAUUCGUCCAAAAGAUAAAGUAACAGCGGUUUUCAGAAGACUAUUCAAAUCUUCGAGCAACAAGGAUGAAGCACCCAAUAAACCGAGCGGAUCGGCUCAGGGUUCUCCGGCACGCCGAUUACUUAGAAGUUACAAGGACACAGUUUCACCGGAAAGCUCAGGCCAGGCCCCAUCACCGAGCUUUAGCGCCAAAAACAAGAAAGACGAAACUGUUUCACAGAACAAGACUGUUCGCGCCAAAAGACUGAUGAAAGAAUUUCGAGACCUGCAAAGAUUACAAAACUCAAAACAAGAUCCAGUAUUCACUGUGGAAUUAGUAGAGGACAACCUGUUCGAGUGGUACGUUAAGAUUCACAAAGUGGACGGCGAUAGCGACUUGAUGCAGGACAUGGUUGAACUGGGUGUUCCUUAUAUUUUACUACACUUGAUAUUUCCUGAUAAUUUCCCGUUUGCUCCUCCUUUUAUGAGGUUAAUCUCUCCCAGGAUUGAAAAGGGGUUCGUGAUGGAAGGUGGUGCAAUCUGCAUGGAACUACUAACACCAAGAGGCUGGGCUUCCGCUUACACGGUAGAAGCGGUCAUCAUGCAGUUCGCAGCAAGCGUCGUUAAAGGUCAGGGUAGGAUACAACGGAAGAACAAAGGACAGAAGGUGUUUAGCAGAAGAGGAGCCGAGGAGAGCUUUAGGUCUUUAGUUAGGACGCACGAUAAAUACGGGUGGGUAACACCUAGUUUAUCGGAUGGCUAGUAAAUGGGUUAGAAACCAUACCUGACGGUUAAGGCUAUAAGGAACACCACCUGUCAAUUCCCCAAAUGUUCAUUUUGUCGCUGUAAAUAUGCGAAUAUUUAAGUGUAUUAAGCACUAAAGGCGUUACAAUUCCUAAGACAAAAUUGACAGAUGUAAUUACGCUUAUAUUGAAAUGGUAAGUUUUUUAAGCUUCAAGUGCCAAAUUAAGAUUAUUACAUAUGAAUCACUAGGAGGCUGGAUUUUGUUUAUAUUAGAAAUACUACUUUUGAAAUGAUGUUAUGUUAUGAUCUGACUAUAUUUACAUUAUUUAUUCCAUAACAUAUGUAAAUAAUAAACCUAAUAAAUAUGAAAUCUGUGUUAUUACUACUUAGGUCAGUUACUGUUUUUUAUGUGCAUUUGGUAGAUCAAUUUAAAUAUUGUUAGUUAUAAAGUAGAAAAGUGCAUGCAAUAAUGUACGUUUUUUUAUUAUAAAUGUGUAACAAUAAAACCGUCUCAAUCUUAGAUGUUAGAAAAUAUUUAAUACUCAAUGAGGAUCAGUCCACAGAUGUGUUGGUAACUAAUUAUAAAAAUAACCAAAGCACAAAGACGCAUCAAAAUAAAACUUUUAUUUUUACCAAAUUUCUAAUGCUCAUAAUACGAAUAUAUUUUAUAUGUACGAUUUUAGCUUUAUUGACUAUAAUGUUGAAAAUAAAGUCCAUGUUUAGCAGUAUUAUUAAAAUAUUCAAAGUAUAUUUGUUGGCUAAUAAAAUAUUAAUAAUUGUGUAUUUUAUGUCUAUUUUUGAUGGUUUUGUCUUCCAAAUAUGUAGUCAAAAAUAUUAUAUUAGUUUAUUAACGGAAGUAUCUUAUACAGGGUGUAUAACUUGUAACCUCUGAUUUAUUUCUUACCAUAGUUCUUUGUUAUCUAUAAAUGGCUCGUUUCUGUUAAUUAUUAUGGUAGUUUUUAAUAAAAAUUGUACAUAUUUGUGGCAUCUUUUGAUAAA